AUGGUUCAUGGGAAUUUGAGUUUUGGAGAUUUUAAUGUUCCCCAAAAGGGAGAUAAUUUACUAGGACGCAUCUUUUAUUGGGCAUCGUCAUGGUUCACUGGUCAGCAAACACCGAACACAGGUUUUUGGCUUCCCGUAAGCCCAGAUUGGCUAAGGAUUGCAUCUCAGAUCCAGGGUUUGAAGUUAGAAACCCAUGUGAAUGAAACUGUGUACGUACCUUACCAACCAUUAGUUCGCUUCGGAUUAAAGGCUGGUACUGGCGAUUUGUUCAUUGUAAACGAAGCAUAUGGUGAUUUCCUUCACAAAACUUUUAACAUUUCAACAAUCGACACUUCUGAUUCUGCUAUUGCUUUGGUAAGUCAGAAGGUAGAUGAUGAGCUAAAUGUGUUCAGUCAGUUACUGGAAAAACACCCAGCUCUGAUACCAUGUUAG